AUGAGCUCCCAGAUUCACCAUAAUUAUUCUGCCGAGGUGGAGGCCGCCGUCAACCGCCUGGUUAACAUGCAACUACGGGCCUCCUACACCUACCUCUCUCUGGGCUUCUAUUUCGACCACGAUAGUGUGGCCCUGGAGGGUGUGGGUCACUUUUUUCGCGAAUUGGCCAAGAAGAAGUGCGAGGGCGCGGAGCAUCUCUUGAAACUGCAAAACCAGCGUGGGGGCUGUGCCCUCUUCCAGGACGUGCAGAAGCCAUCUCAAGAUGAGUGGGGUAAAACCCAGGACGCUAUGGAAGCCGCCCUUCUCGUAGAGAAGAACCUGAAUCAAGCCCUGUUGGAUCUGCAUGGCCUGGCUUCUGCCCACGGAGACCCCCACAUCUGUGACUUCCUGGAGAACCAUUUCCUAGAUGAGGAAGUGAAACUCAUCAAUAAGACGGGUGACCACCUGACCAACCUCCGCAGGCUGGCUGGUCCCCAGGCUGGGUUGGGCAAGUUAUCUCUUCGAAAGGCUCACCCUCAAGCAUGA